AUGGGUUCCAAGAAGCAGCGGGCCAAAGCGACCAAGACGAGCAACCUGCCCAUCAUCGGCAACAGCAGCAGAAAUGUCACGCAGGAGAAGAUUCUUGAUCGCAAGCCCAUCAAGCCAGGUCAUGUUUCUCCAGGCAACUCGCCUUUCAUGAAGAAGCUCCCGCGCGAGAUCCGCGACAAGAUCUACGAAGAACUCCUCAUCGUCAAAAUGACUCCCGAAAUGGCCAACUCGUGGGAUGAAGAGAAAGGCGGAGCCGAAUCGUACGCCGGCGAGUAUGGCCGCGAGAAAGCUCAAGACAUCCUCGACCAGGACAUUGGUCUUAUGCCCGGUGGAUCGCAGAACUACGGUUCCAGAUUCAUUGGCAAGAACAAGGGCAUCUUGCUGGCCAACAAGCAGAUCUACGAGGAGGCGACGACGGUUCUCUUUGGCAAGAACCUCUUCGUGGUCUUGCCGGAGUUUGAGCGCAUUUGGUGCUUCUGGCGCUGUGACUCGUAUGGCUGUCAGCCUGUCACGACGCCUUGCUUCGUCCGACCCGAAACUGCAGUCAAAGUUAAGCACCUCCUCAUCAUCGUCUCCAACCCCUGCUUCGACCGCGACCAAGCCAUCGAGCAAGCGAAGUCCGCCCUCAACAGAAACCUGCAGACUGUCAUCAGCAUUCUGGGUGAAGUGAAGCUGAAGCUCAAGACGCUCAAGAUCAGAUACUGGAGCUGCUUCGGCGGAGAAGUCGACAGCGUGAGGAACGAGUUGGAAGGCCCGGCGAAGCCAGGCUUUCCAGAGCGCCCUGUCAUGCUGCAGCGUGUCGGAGGACGCUUCACCACGAUCAAGCGUGGUGAGGCGGAGCAGCGUAUCUUCUCUGAUGCCCGUCAAGUUCUCGCCCCGCUCCGUGAGUUCAAGAAGGUGGCUGAGGAUGUGAGCGUCCGCGGCGAUGUGCCACAGCCUCUUAUCGACGAGUUGUCGUGUGUCUUGGCUGUUGAUGGCGCCGCCAUGAAGAAGAAGCUGGCAAAGGCUGAAGUGGCCGCCAACACGUACGAAGCAGCCAAGACCGGCCUCGCCGAGUUCGCCCGCGAGCGACUCGAUGUGACUCCUGACACCGAUCCUGAAUCGAGGGCUUUGUACGAGCGGAUGAUGAGGAUUCCCGCCAAGUUGCCAUCGGUCAUGGCGAAGUACAUGCAAAGUCCGACCAAGGAGGAGGUGGAUCGGUACGACAGACAUUGGCGUGCUCAAGCUGCCAACGCUGCAAAUGCCGCCAACACUGCUGCUGCCUCUGUCAACCACAGCAGUGACGACCUGGGAGCCCAGCCACAUCCAGUCGCUGACGGUGCUCCUGUUGCCAUCGGCUUCAUUGCUGGCAAGCCCGUCUUCGGACCUCCUCGCCCACCGGCCGGUGAUGGUGCUUGUGGUCUGCACAAGGGAACAUUUUGUGUCCAGGGCGGAGAAUCUCAUCUCUGA